AUGGCUCCUGUUGUCGAGCUCCCUAUGGACGGACUGGCCUACCGUGGGUUCACCAUGAUCCUGUAUGAUGUACUGGACUCGCUAGGUGUUCCCACAGAGGAGAUCGAGUACGUGUGCCGGGGUGAGCCUAGACCCGACGGGUUCAAGGGCCACAUCAUGGUCCAUCUCAAGGUCCCCGCCAGCGAGUUCAUACCCGUGUUGCGUGCCUUCAAGACACUAGAGGUGGAGAACUCCAUCGCUUCGUGCGUGCAGUCCGUCUCACGCACUGCUCUUCGUAGUGUGAUGCGUGAUGCACACGACUACCUCAAGACGGGACCGUACCGCCUGCUGCCUACCGCUCUGGACCUCAACAGGUUCUCGGAGCCACAGAUCACUGCUAUAGACCGUGCUGCGUGUGACGAGGAUCGCUACAUCAUGGAUGUGGAGAUGCAGAACCGCCGCUACCGAGACCUCCUGUUCCAUUGCGACGAGGAGUUCCUCAAGGUGGAGCGCAAGGUGGAGGAGAUGGUCGGCAAGCUCGAGGAGCGCAUGGGCUAUGACAGAAUGAAGACCUUCUACGAGACCUGUGAGAAGUCACUUCGGGAGGAGAUCACCAACCUCAAGGACAAAGUGCUUGAGUGCGAGGAUCGGAUUGAGCGUCAGAGGCUUACCCUGAGGGAGUUCCACGAGAAGGAGAAGCACCGUGGCAUCAAGAAGCUUGCCUUGGAGGCCCGUUGCAACACAAUGGAGAAGCUGGCUGUGGAGGCUGCCGUCACCACCACCUACAACAUGCAUCACCUGGACAAGGUGAACCGCAUCAGCCAGGCUUGGAUCAACGCUGAUCGCAAGCGCGUCCAGGAGAUCAGGAAGGUCCAGGACGUCCUCUUACCUGGGAUGCGCAAGAAGCUGUGCAGACAGCCCUUCCAUGUUGAGGCCACCAAGCUCAACUUCAAGGCUUGCCCGACGGAGGGUUACUCAGAGGUUCUGAGGACAGAGAUGCUGGACUAUGCUCUCACCUAUGUCGCGAGGAUCCACCGCUCCGACGACGAGCUCCGUGCCAUGGAGGGCACUCCUGAGGCUUCCACUUCCGGUCCUUCUGCACCACCCGUCACUCCCAGACAGGAGUAG